CACUCUGUUUCCUCCAUUUCUGCCUUUCAAUUCCUGUGGAAAUCCCUCCAAUCCCGUUUCAUACAGGAUGUCUUCCAGCAACGAUGUCUACCAGACCCCUCUCAACUCGCGUUAUGCGAGCAAUGAGAUGAAGUAUCUCUUCUCUCCCCGGAACCGCUUCUCUACCUGGAGACAGCUGUGGUUGUGGCUUGCUGAGUCGGAAAAAGAACUCGGUUUGGCUAUCUCCGAUGAGGCGAUUGAGCAGAUGAAGGCUCACCUGGUCAUCCAGGAUGACGAGUUCAAGGUUGCCGCAGAGGAGGAGAAGCGUCGGAGACACGACGUCAUGGCCCACGUUCACGCCUACGGCCAGGUCGCCCCCGCUGCCGCGGGUAUCAUCCACUGGGGUGCCACCUCGUGCUACUGCACGGACAACGCCGAUCUGAUCUUCCUCCGCGACGGUCUCGAUAUCUUGAUCCCUAAGCUUGCCGUUGUCAUUGACAAGCUGUCUGCCUUCGCCAAGCAGUACAAGGAUCUGCCCUGCCUGGGUUUCACCCACGGCCAGCCCGCUCAGCUGGUCACCGUCGGCAAGAGAGCUUGCUUGUGGAUCCAGGACUUGCUCAUGGAUCUGCGCAACCUCGAGAGAGCCCGCGAUGAUCUGCGCUUCCGCGGUGUGAAGGGUACUACCGGUACUCAGGCCUCUUUCCUCCAGAUCUUCAACGGCGACCACGACAAGGUCGAGCAGUUGGACGAGCUGGUCACCAAGAAAGCCGGUUUCGACUCUGCUUUCAUCAUCUCCAGUCAGACUUACUCCCGUAAGAUCGAUGUCGAUGUGGGCAAUGCCCUCGGCUCCUUCGGUGCCACUUGCGAGCGCAUUGGUAUCGACAUCCGCCACUUGGCCAUGCUCAAGGAGGUCGAGGAGCCCUUCGAGAAGGACCAGAUUGGCAGCAGUGCCAUGGCCUACAAGCGUAACCCCAUGCGUUCCGAGCGUCUGUGCUCCCUCGGAAGACACCUUCAGAACCUCCCCAAGGACGGCUUGGAUACCUACUCUGCCCAGUGGUUUGAGCGCUCGCUGGACGACAGCGCCAUCCGCCGUAUCAGCAUUCCCGAGCUCUACCUCUCCGCUGACGCUUGUCUCAUCCUCCUGAACAACGUCACCUCCGGCUUCGUCGUUUACCCCGAAGUCAUCAAGCGCCGUGUCAACGACGAGCUUCCUUUCAUGGCCACUGAGAACAUCAUCAUGGCCUGCGUGAAGAAGGGUCUUUCCCGCCAGGACGCCCACGAGGAAAUCCGCGUCCUCUCCCAUCAAGCCGCCGAUAACGUCAAGAAGCACGGCAAGGACAACGACCUCCUCGACCGCGUCCGCCGCACCGCCUUCUUCGCCCCGAUCCUGGACGAGCUCGACCAGCUGCUCGACCCCAGCACCUUCGUCGGCCGCGCCCCGCAGCAGGUCGAGAAGUUCACCUCCACCGAGGUCAAGAAGGCCCUCCAGCCCUACGAGGCCUCCCUCGCCUCGGCCGAGACGGCCGCUCUGUAUGUAUAGACACAAACUUUCAAGCCCUGGUAAUUAGUCCCGUAUGGGCUGUGGGAGACGAAGAAAUGUCAAAAAAGUCUUUUCAAGAGGGACAGAAGGGGGAGAAAAGUAGAUGCGAUAGCCAGAUCAGUUUAGGUGGGAUUUCGCGAUUUCGGGAAGAAAAAGUGUCCGGGUGUAGCAGAACCGAAUCCGGGGUGCGUUUUUGGUUGUUGUUGUUGUUGUUGUUGUAUGAUUGCAAACGGGUCUUGUAUAUACGGUAUAUGGCUUUAAUUGAUGAUAGCAAUCGAUU